AGAGCCAGACCCGCAAUGGGCUCUCUGGCGGCCCUGCGGACGCUCCUGGUACUGGGCCUGGUCACCGGACUGGCUGGAUGCGCCCCCGGCUUGAACGGCACGGAGGACCGCUGGGAGGCCCUCUACUCCCGGUCGCUGGCGCGGAUCCCAGGGGAGAAGAGGGAGGAGAUCAACCGGGACGGCGACUAUCUCCUGGGCAUCAAAAGGUUGCGGCGCCUCUAUUGCAACGUGGGGAUCGGCUUUCACAUUCAGGUGUUGCCGGACGGUAGAAUAACGGGAGUACACAAUGAACAUCUUGACAGUCUUCUGCAGAUCUCUCCGGUGGAGAGAGGAGUGGUGACUCUGAUGGGCCUUCGCAGUAAACUCUUCGUGGCCAUGAACGGGCGCGGAAAGCUGUACGGAUCUUUGCACUACAACAACGAGUGUAAGUUCAGAGAGAAGCUCCUCGCCAACAACUACAACGCCUACGAGUCGCUGGCGUACCCGAGGAUGUACAUCGGCCUGAGUAAGAACGGCAAAACAAAAAGAGGAAACCGAGUGUCGCCCGCCAUGACGGUGACACAUUUCUUGCCAAGAAUCUAGUGGCUUCAUAAAUAGACUUCACCUCAAUAUGGAGACAGAGGGGGGAUUCCAAACCAUGAUGCACUUUCACUUAUGCAAGUGUAUCAUAUUUCUUUAGCUUUGUAUAUAUUUUUUAAGGAGGGUUAUGUCUCGUCACCGUUGGGGGGAGCGCGUUAUUUAUGUUUUCAUUUUCUAAUUUAUCUGAUAUUUGCUGCUACAUGGAUUCCUGUCUACAGAUGUUGUUUUUUAAGUUUGCACUGAUGGGAACAUAUGCAACAGUGCACAUUUAUGGCUGUUUGUUUUUUAAAUAUUAUUUUCAACAAAACAGGACCUUUUUGAGCCUAAAAAAAUGAGACUAAAAAAUCAACGAGGCACGAGUGUCUCCAGCUCCUUUGUGUGGCACUGGAGCCUAAUUGAACCAGUAUCAUCUUACUGCUGGGGAAAGGAGGGAGACGAAGAACCCCCACAACCUCCACGGGUCUGUUUAUAGCCCUGCCAGGGGUGGGGGGGUGAACUCUGAACUUUUCUGCUGUCAAUCCCAGUCAGACCUAUACGAUGCAGACAGAGAGCGGCAUCCUCUUUGACAUUCUGUAAGUGUGGAAUUUGGGCAUUUAAAGGCAAGGUCAAAGUGCUGCAAUGCAAUGAGAAACUGUAGCCCCGACGGUGGAAUAGGAUUAUUCUCUACGUCAAGUUAUGUCUGGUUGCCAGGUAGCUUCUGGACGUCUGCCUGCUGGGCCUGGGGAUAUUCAGCCUGAUGCUGCCUCCUUAGAUACGGUCAAUGCCCUCAUCGUCUUUGCCUUCACUGGAAGGGACACUAUGUAUCUCUUGAAAGAAGACAUAGUAGUCUUCAAAGUUGAAUUCAUAAGCAAUAAAACACUCCUAACUCAGUCCAAUACACUUUUAACUUUUGCCGCUGUCAUUUUAAUAUAAUUCUCAAACUGUCAACAGAUUUCUUUAAUAAUCUCAGUAUCUUGAAGCACGGUGUUCCGUCAGUUUUCUCAGGCUAUACAUCAGUGUCAUUUACCAAGUGCAUUUCCUUUCCAGUCAUUUCCUCAUGCAGUGAUGAACAACAACACACUCAGGAUAAAAUAAGCUCAUUUUGUUGAGCAUACAAAGCUUGGCCCAGUUCCAGUACAACCGGUUCCCCCCUGUUCAUCCUCUUCCACUAAAGGCCCUUUCCAAGCAUUGCUUUAUCUCCCGACAGCAUUACUGUACACAUGUCAGGCCCCUGCUCUCCAUCUGUCUCAGCUCUGGUGGCCAUGUUGUCCUAGUUGCGCCUCGUCACGUUCCGGCUAUCUUUACCCUGCAAUUUACUUUUAGAAAGGAUAAUCAUGGGAGAAAUAUUUACAGACAGCUGUAGGACUGUACUAUAUGCUCGGGCCAGUAACACUAUAUUUUUCUUUAUAUAUUUUGUAAAUAUAACCUCGAAGUAACUGAAGGUGCUGGUAUUCCUUUCGGGGGGAGGACAGUUUUAAACCAACAG